ACCAGAGCCCACCAGGUUGCCCAGGUUCCGGUCCCAAGAAGUUUCAAGUCCUCAGUUCUAAAAUCUAUAAUCAUUAUGGCAAUUAAGUUGGUCGCCCUUUUGGCCAUUGGCCUGGCCGUUUUGGCCAUUAGCGAAGCCCGCCACGUGUCUGGACACCGUUACCACCAGCGCGGACACUUCCAGGAGCGCGCCCUCAUCGCCAAGCCCCAUUCCGGACCCCAGGGACGUGUCUUCCCCGGUGCCGUGGCCAUCAAGAAGCUGGUCCUGCUGAAGUUCAAGAAGAUCGUGCCCAUCUCCCUCAUCCUCCUGAAGUCCAGCAACGAAAAUGAGGCCGAGCUGGUGCCCGUCUAUCCCACGGAUCAGAUUCCCGAGAAUGUCCAGUUCAUUCCCACCCCGAACGGCAUUUCCGGCCACAAGGAUGUCCAGGCCAUAGCCAUUCCCACCGAGCUGCACGAUCAGCUGCAGAUUAAUGGACUCUCCAACCUGGAGAACAUCGAGGCUCUCCUCCAGAGCAGCUCCAUUUCGGCGGCCGACAACGAGGCCGAGGGCGGUGCUCCUGUCGGCAAUACCAUUGCUGUGGCCCAGCCCGAGGAUAUUGUCCUCGACCAGCCGGAGAACGAUGAGGAUCAGCUGCUGGAUGGUGGAGCUCCCGCCCCCGUUGCUGCCGCUGCCCCUGUUGCUGCUGCCCCCGCUGCCGGACCCGGUCUGCGUCGCCUCUCCGCCGAUGAGUUGCUCCGCUCUGGAGUGAGGAACUCGGCUCAGCAGCAGCAGACUAGCGUGGAGGAGAUCCCCUUGCUUCUGUACUCGGCCAACGAUGGUUCCGUUUCCGUGUCCGGUUCCGGUUCCGUUGCCGGACGUCGUUUUGUGGCCGCCACGCCCGCCAAGAGGCGUCGCCAGCACUUCUACAACUAA